GGUAAAAUGAAAAGAGGUCCUGGCUGCAGGCUGCUGACUCUCAGCCGGUGUUAAUGUUUUGCCGGUUCAUCGGGACUUUAACUCGAUUUCACCAUCAGCUGUAACUUUAAAAAUUAGCUGUGAGUUAUGAUGUCAGAAGUGAAACACACAGACACCAUGCAGGACCCCCUGUUCAUUCUGGAGAGUGAAGAAGUGUACAGGAACCCCACUGAGGUGAAGAUGAGUCAGAUCGUGCUGCCAUGCCAUGCCAACCACUGUGGAGAGCUGAGCGUUGGACAGCUGCUGAAGUGGAUGGACUCCACAGCCUGCUUAUCUGCUGAGAGACACGCAGGUUGUUCCUGUAUCACUGCAUCUGUGGACGACAUCCAUUUUGAACACACCAUAGGGGUGGGAAAGGUUGUCAACAUCAUAGCAAAGGUCAACAGAGCCUUCACAUCCAGUAUGGAGGUGGGUAUAUUGGUGAAUUGUGAGGACCUUUACACUAACAGGCAGUGGAAGGUUUGCCAUGCGUUUGCUACCUUUGUUGCCAGACGAACUGAAGCUGGGAAGGUACAGCUGAAGCAGGUGCUUCCUCGCACACAAAUGGAGCAGAUGGAGUACAGCCUGGCAGCGGAGCGGAGGAGGAUGAGGCUCAUCCAUGCUGAGAUCAUUACAGACCUACUGAGCAGCAGCACAGCUCAACUGGGAGAAUGCCAAGAGUACCAGGACGCCGUCACGGCUGAGCGGACACGAGUGGAGAGUGUGGAGCUGGUGCUACCGCCACAUGCAAACCACCAGGUCAGCACCUUCGGAGGCCAGAUCAUGGCCUGGAUGGAGAAUGUGGCUACAAUUGCAGCAAGUCGCUUGUGUAAUGCCCACCCAACAUUAAGGUCCAUCGACAUGUUCCAUUUUCGGGGCCCGUCUCACAUCGGUGACAGACUGGUACUGAAGGCUAUUGUUAAUAAUGCUUUCAAGCACAGCAUGGAGGUGGGAGUGUGUGCUGAGGCUUACCAGGGUGGAGAACCUCUGCGCCAUAUAAAUAGUGCUUUUAUGACCUUUGAAGUGCUGGACGGUGACAGGAAGCCACGCACGCUGCCACGGAUACGACCAGAGCCUGUGGAUGGAAAAAGACGUUAUAAAGAAGCUAUUGCAAGGAGGAAGAUUCGCCUCGAUAGGAAAUACAUUAUCACCUGCAAGCAAACUGAAGUGCCUCUCUCCGUGCCCUGGGAUCCAAGUAACCAGAUGUACCUGAGCUACAAUAAUGUGUCGGCAUUGAAACUAAUGGAUACCAGAAACAACUGGGUAUUAACUUCGGAGAAAAACAAGGUCAGACUGUACACACUGGAGGAAAACCACAUGCUGUGUUUCAAGGUGGAGAUGCACGUCAGCGUACCGGCAGAGCAGACGUUCCACCUAUUGUCAGACCUGACGAGGAGGAAGGAGUGGGACCGGCACUAUGAGGACUGUGAGGUGAUCAACCAAGCGGAUGAGGAAGACACCCUUUAUCGCAUCACUACACCAUCUGUCAGUAAAGGGGGCAAGGGCCAGGACUUUAUCUUACUGGCAUCCAGAAGGAAGCCAUGUGACUCCAGGGACCCAUAUCUGAUCGCUCUGCGCUCUGUCACUUUGCCCACUCACCCUCCCACUGAGGACUACACCAGGGGAGAGGUGCUCUGUGCUGGCUUCACAAUCUGGGAAGAGUCCAGCGCUGUCACCAAGAUCACCUACUACAACCAGGCCACGCCAGGUGUCCUCCCCUACAUCUCCACAGAUAUCGCCGGCCUCUCCUCAAGCUUUUCCAGCACUUUCUCUGCCUGUAGUCACUUCCUGGAGGCCAACAAGGACAGCCUGGCUGCUCUGCCGCCUUCUGUGCUGUGACAGAACAACGCAGCCACGGACUCCUUGCACGAGGAGCAGUAGCUUCAGUAGAAAGGAGCAUCAUCGUCUCACUGUCUUCAUCCUG